AUGAGCACGUCGAAGAAGCGAGCUGUUGUCGCUCGACUACGACAAACUGUGAAGCCACAGGCGGGCAGAGGACCGCCUCAGUCCUCCAAGCGCCCUAAGAACUCCGAAGAUGACGAUUAUGAACCCAGCGAUGCUACUGCAAGUGGCUCUAGUAGCGAGAGCGAGGCUACUGGGGAUGAUUCGGGCGAGUCGAGCGAUAGUGAAAUUGAAGUUGUGAAGAGCAAAAGUCGAGAGGCGAAGCGUCGGGGGUCGACGUGUGCUGGUCGGGUGACAAGAGCUGCAGCGAAGAAGGUGCGAAAUGAAGAGGAGGAUGAUGACGAUACCUCGGAUUGCGAGAGGAGUGACUUGGAUCUGUCGAAGUCCGCCCUUCACAGUGUACGUUGGGGUAGGGUCAUCCUGGAUGAGGCCCAUCGAAUUAAGGGACGGACAACAACGACUGCCCUUGGAGCGUAUGCAUUGAGGGCUGAGUACAGGUGGGGGCUCAGCGGGACGCCUUUGCAGAAUCGCGUGGGAGAGCUGUACUCGCUCGUGAGGUUCUUGAAGUAUGAUCCGUAUGCCUUCUACUUCUGCAAGACCAAGAACUGUGACUGUAAGUCCAUGGCUUACCGUUUCGAGGACAACCGAUACUGUAAACGGUGCGGUCAUACUAAGAUGCAACACUACUCCUACUUCAACCAAACUAUCAGCAAGCCUAUUCUGAAGCAUGGGUUCUCGGGAGUUGGCAAGGACGCUUUGAAAGAGCUGCGCGAUCGGGUUCUGGAUCGUCUGCUAUUGCGACGUACCAAAGAGGAGCGUGCUGAUGACCUACACCUGCCUUCGAUGACUGUGAGCAUCAGACGAACGGAGCUCACGGACAGCGAGAAGGACUUCUACGAGAGCUUAGCAAUGCAGAGUCAACUACGCUUCGACGUCUAUGCUAAUGAGGGCACGGUUCUUAAUAAUUAUGCUCAUAUCUUCGACCUCUUGACGAGGCUACGACAGGCAGUAGAUCAUCCCUACCUCAUCGUCCAUGGCAUGGAUUGUGGUUCCAUUCCUGCUAAGAGCACUGCUGGGAGGGAUAGGGCUGAUAUAUGCGUGUUGUGCCAAGACGACAUACCAGCUCGUACCACGAACGAGGAUGAGGCUCAGGCCAAGGCUACGUGUGGUCACAGUUUCCAUAAUGAGUGCGUGAGAGAUUUUCUGCGCGAGGCUCCUCAGUUGCCGCUGAAUGGAGGAAUCGGAUGCCCUGCGUGCUUCGCUCCGAUAACAGUCACAUUCGGGCAG